AUGGAUCCUCUCUGGGACGAAGUCGAGCGCAUGGCAACCGCUGCCACUGCAGCAGACGCCCAACUCGCAUCCGAAUGCCCGCAGAACGAUACGAUCGAGCGGUGGAAGCGGCUCUUUGGAUACUCGAGCAUGGAGGCGACCCAGCUGAUUGCGCAGCAACAUGCUGAUGCGACCCGCGAGCGCAUCACAGACGCCCACUGGGCGCUCCUGCCCAAAGUGCUCAAGGAGCACAGCGCGACGAUUCCGACGACGGGCGCGGACGGCGAGACGAUGUGGCUGUUUCGGCUGGGCGGGCUGCUUGAUUCGCCGGAGAAGGUGCGCGAGGUGGCGCGCUUGGAGGCGCUGCCCAAGGUGGUGACGGGCAUGAGUGAGAUGGGGCUGGCGCGCUUUUGCGUGGUGGGCAAGGACGCGCAGAGGAGACUGGAGGAGCAGUUGACUCAGCGGGCUGUGCUGCAGAAGUGA